AUGCCUAGUUGUCUAGUUUGUGGAAGAACGAACAAUGCCAAAGCUAAAUCGGCUAAUAUAACUUUUCAUAGAUUUCCGCUUAAAGACACUUACAAGAAUAAAUGGUACAAUUUUUUGGGAGAAAAUGGCAUACUACCUGAUAAAGUAUCAAAGACAAGUUUAGUUUGUUCAGCACAUUUUGACGAUUCAUUUUUUGUAAUGGGAAAGGAUAGAAGACUGUUACUUAAACAUGCUAUUCCAACUAAAAUUAUCAACAGAAUAAAAUGUGCUAAACAACAAUACUCAGAAACUGUAACCAACUUGCCUGUAAUUAAAACUUUUUAUACUAGUUCUGCUAGCGAUUCAGUUGACAAUAUUGCUUCUUUAAAUGUUACCAGAACUUUAGUAAAGUGUCCUUUGAGCAAUAUAGAGGUAGACGGAGUAUCUUUGUUGGAACCAGUUCAAUCAAGUUCUAGUGAAGAAGAAGGAGUACUACCAUUAGACAAUUCUUCUGUAUCAAUGAUGAAUUGUGAAACAAUCACACCCAAUAAAAAUAUCUCGGUAAUAUUAAAAAAUAUAAUACAAUUGUACAUACAUUAA